ACCGCUGUUUCAGAGGCCGGUUUUCAGCUAAAAGAGAGCUUUUUGUUGAAUGAAUAUACAAAAAUUAAAGAUCCAAUUUUUGAAUAGGGAUCACUCAGUUUCGUGGCAAUUUCUAUAUAUACCAGUUUUAGAAUCUAGUUUUCUGGUAUUCUUGUUGGGUUUUCACUUUUCUGUCAGCAGCAGCUACUUUUUAAAGAUGAUGAUCAAUUUCCAAGGACUGGCAAAGCUAAAAGCUUCUCAGGUCAUAUUUGAAGAUGCAUUUGUGGCUAGUGAUCCUGGCACCCUUGAGCAACUGAAAGAAUUAAGUUGUAGAAGGAGAUCUAUUGAGUUUAUUAACAAGAACAGCUGUGUCACAGAGGCUAUUGCAAGGGAAAUGUCUGGGGGGUUGACCUCUCGCUAUGAGCAGAACAUAAAAAAUGUGGAACAGUAUUUGCCGCUGCUGGAAAACUUAAUUGGCUGUGUUGAUUUGAUGAAAGGACACCCUCGUGUAGUUGGCUGGGUUUCAGACCUCAAGAUAACAUGGUGUAGUCCUCUUAUUUCAUCAUCUUUCUUUAAUAAUAGAAGCCCAAAGUUGUAUCAGAUUAAUGAUUUGAGAUUUGAGCUUGGGAUGGCUCUUUUUCUUUAUGGUGCAUUGCUCCAAGAUUUGGCCAGAGAAGUUCUAUGCACAGAUCUCGUGCAAUCUACUUCUCUCUUCAGAAAAGCUGCAGGAGUUUAUCAUCAUAUAGCUCAUGAAGUUCUUCCCAAUUUGCAGCAUAAUUUGCCUCCAGAACGGCCACCAGAGGCUUUGACGACUGUGUCUGCUGUUUUCAGCCUUAUUUGCUUGGCUGAGGCCCAGGCUGUUGCUGCAAUGAAAGCAGAGCAAAAAGGGACUACUGGAGGGCUUUUAGCAAAGCUGCAUUAUGGUGUUAGUGAAUUUCUUGAAAAAGCUCUUUGUAAUAUGCAGGUGGCAAUCAAGAACUGCAAAGAUAUUUCGUCGCACUUUAUGGAUUACAUUUCAAGCUGCAAAACCCUGCACGAGUUGGAGAGUUACAAGUAUCUCGCACAAAGUCUGAAGAAUGAUGGCCAAACUGGAGCUGCCAUUGGAGUCCUUCACUUUGCAUUGAAAAGUAAACAAAAACAUAAGCCAAAAGAGGAGUCAUGGAGAUCAGUUUACAACCAGAUAAUUGAUAGCAUGACUGCAUUGCUCCAAAAGUAUGAACGUGAAAACGAGGUUGUGUGGCAUCAAAAGAUCCCGGCACCUCAUCAGUUACCCUCACCUGAAGGUGUAAAAAUUGUUAGCUGCAUACCUUAUCAACCCCAGAAGUGGGAGAGAAGUCUAGUUUUCAAAAUUUGAGAUGUCAAGAAACCUGUACAGAUGUGAUUUUGCCUUCCAGGAAAGCAUAGCUAAUUAAAGCAGUUUUUGUGGACUUAAGAACAUACAUACAUACAUACGAAAAAUCGAAGAAAACCUGUUAUUAAUGUUACAUGUAAGAAGUUGGCAAUCUUCUCAAUAAAUAAUUACAAUUAUUGGGUAAUUA